CCUCAAUCCCCUCAUCCCUCACUAAUGUUACUAUCUUUGACAAGGCUGGCACACGCUUACACUGCACGCCUCACCACAUGCACAUAUGGAGAAAGCAACACACAAACACACACACUUACUCACACAGACAUGCGCACCAAAGGCUAGCCUGAGGACAGUAUGCGCUUAAGAGACAACCUCCUGACACACACACACACACACUCAAGUGCAUUCUGUGGACUCAAUAUACAAACACAGAGGCGAGUCGAUCUGCUGGAAACCACAGAUAAUUGAAAGACUGGAGCACGCCUCCUCCUCCCCUCUAUCUCUUACUCGCUCGCUCACUCACUCACACACUCUCUCUCUCUCUGUCAUCCUCUCUCUCUGAGCAUUACAGCAAGGCAUUGCGCAGGAUUUAACUCCCCUCCUUCAUCUCCUUCUUCUUUAUUUUAAUCGUUUUUUUUCCUUCCUCCAAUCCACCUCUCCUUCUGUGGAAGCCGUUGCUCUUGGCAGCGGAAGGAUAUUUUCAAUUCCACAUUGGAGCGUUACGAGAGCUGCUAUUCGCUCAUUUCUCCCACAACCCUGUGUGUGCGCGUGUGUGUGUGAGAGAGAGACUGUGUGAGCUUGGGGGGGACGCCGAGAAGGACAGCAUCUAAAGACGUCUCAUCACUGGCCCCGUAUCGCUGCCUGUGGAGGCUGGCAUCAGGGCCAGCUGAUGCCACAGCGAAUCUAAGGGCAGCUGCAGUCGUAGAAGCGCAGAAAUGCAGCUCAGCACUGCACCUACAGUGGGUCGCAGGAGGAGAGGAAAUCCGGACAGUCAAGGUCUGCUAGGUGUGCUGAGUGUGUGUGCUACGUUGCUGCAGUUAUGCUCUGGCUGUCCUUCAGAGUGUGUGUGUAACUCACUGGAGGCUAACUGCAGUGGGCGGAGUCUAGUAUCUGUGCCCGCUCUCACUUCUCUCCCGGAGGGCACACAUACCCUCUUUCUGGCCAAUAACCGCCUCUCCUCCCUGCCCGUCUCGGCCUUUGCCAAUCUGAGCACCUUUGAGAGCCUCGACCUGUCCAACAACUAUCUGGACAACCUGCCUUCUAGACUGUUCCGUGAGCUGAGUAACCUGAGCGAUUUGAGUUUGCGUAACAACAGCCUAACGGUUUUGGAUCGGGAGUUAUUUCGUGGCCUGACCCAGCUACGGAGGCUGGAUCUGUCUCUGAACGGCUUGGCCGCUGUGCCGCUGGGCCUGCUGGAUGAGCUGCAGGGGCUCACCUGGCUCUCCUUGGCUGGGAACAGACUUCACGCCCUGGAGAGAGCCACAUUUGAGCCUCUCGUCAACCUUCAGCACCUGGAGCUGGGCAUAAACCCCUGGGAGUGUGACUGCAACCUGAGAGACUUCAAACACUGGAUGGAGUGGCUAAUAUACAGAGGCGGUUAUGUUGAUGCCGUUGAGUGUACGCUUCCGAAGGACUUAAGGGGCCGUGACAUCAGGGGUGUUCCCGUGGAGAUGUUCAACUACUGUCUGCAAUUGGAGGAUGAGAAUGGGGGCGGGGCUGGGAGCAAAGGUGGAUCUCCACCAUGUUUUCGUGGGACACCCACUCCAUCGUCCGAAGGUGCUGUGGUGCGUACGGAGGCAGAGCUACCAGACUGUGUGAAGCAGCGUUAUCGGCCGGUCAGUGUUCGCAGGGCGAUCGGCACAGUAGUGAUCGCUGGUGUGGUCUGUGGAAUCGUGUGCAUUAUGAUGGUAGCUGCCGCAGCAUACGGCUGCAUAUAUGCCUCUCUAAUGGCAAAAUACCAGCGAGAGCUAAAGAAGAGGCAGCCAUUGAUGGGCGACGCAGAGGCAGAAGGCGACUCGGAGGAUAAACAGAUCUCAUCAGUUGCAUAGGGGAAUGGGGGAGAGAUUCAGAGUUCAGAGGUCAUUCACAAAUAUAAAGAAUCCUUUACUGGUUGGUUGGUGCCCAGUAGAGGAUUUAUAAUCCCUGUUUCCUGUUUCUCUGUCCUUCUUAAGACUCUAUCUGACUCUCAGACUUACACUUUACUCAAUCGCUAAACUUUGGCCUACUGUAUGACCUAUUUGCCCCAGGAAAUGAGGGACCACUCAGCACUUUAGAACUCCCCCACCCUCCUCCCAAUGUUGAGAGGAUCUCAGCAGAGGAGGCGUGGAUGCAACUGUUCACAGUUCCUGAAUCCUGAUGUUUCUAGAGGAUAACGUGCUCUCAUUAGCAUUUGCCUCUGUAGCAGCCGAGCUAUCAAUCCAAACCUACAAUCAUAACCCUCAACACUAAUCCCAACCCCAAUCCUAGACCUUUAACUCUAAUCCUAACCCUCACAAACCCUAACCCUACCCUUCAAUACCAAUCCUAAUCCUUACCAUAAACGUCCAUCACUAAUCCAACCAUCACCUCCAACACUUUGUUCUACACCGGGAGGUACGCGUAAGUGGUAAAGUUCACCAAAUGCCAAUAACACUCAUUAUAAUCGAUGCUGUCUACAGUGGAUACAUUCCAAUGCAUUGCACCGAGUCACAGACCAUAAUCGGAUGCCUAGAUUUCUGAGAUACUACAUGCGCUUGCUCUGCUUCUGGCAAAAGGACAAUUUGAUUUGGAAAAUUCACUUUUAAGUUUCCAGUGUAGGCAGCCUCAAGCCGUUGCAGCAUCAGUGUAGACAUGGUGUAAUCUUAAACUUCUGACUCUACUCCCAAAAUUAAACCCAUAACACAAAUCAUUAUCCUUAACAUAAACCUCCAUCAAUAAUCUGAACCCCUAAUCCUCAAUAUCCAUCACUAUACCUGUACCUAACCACCAACUCUAACUCUAAUCUGACCCCCAACCCUAAACCUCCAACACUUACAAUUACCCUCCAUCAUGCCCCUGGUUUCACAGACAAGGCCUAGUCUCAGACUAAAAUGCAUGUUUGAGGUGUUUUAACUGAAAUCAACUUACACUGAUAUUUCUUAAAAAAAAAUGUCAGUGCCAUUGUUUUGUCUCAGGAUGCACACCAGUUUUUUUAUGAACGUUAUACCAUAUAAACUACUUAAUUGCCAUAAUUGAACUAGGGCUAAUACUGGCUUUGUCUGUGAAAUGUACUCUAACCUAAACCUCCAUAACUUAUCCUAACCCACAACUCUAUCCCACUAACCUAAACCCAUAGCUCUAAACCAUAAACACUACCCUUACCAUAAACCUCCAUCACUAAUAUGAACCCCAAGUCUAAAACUCGUGCCAUCGCAAAUCCAAAGAACUCUUACGCUACCCCUUCAACUCUUAUCCAAACCCAAACAUUAAACCCCCAAUCCAAAUCCCACUACCAACUCUAAUUUGAACCCUUAACCCUACCCCAGUGUGAACUGAACAUCCCACCUUAUUUAUCAGCUAUAAUAUAUUCUGUGCAAUGUGACGUGACCCCAGUUUUAUGUUUUUAAGUGUGCGUUUUGUCCUUUGUAUCGUGUAAUAAUUUGUGUCGAUAACAUUGUUUACGGUUUGUUGUUUCUCCAUGUUCAUCUCUAGAGUUCGGACAUGUUUUUGUAAGACUAGAAGAAUCCAGCCCUGGCGUCUUUCGUGAAGUGUCUUGAAGUAUUGUGAAGUCAAGUGCUAAUAUAGAGCAGGCUGAUGACUCUGUUGAUGUUAGUGGAGGGUGGCAGAUUGUGGCUACUGGAACGGUUAAUUACACCUUGGUGGCUAAAGAAGCACAGUGAUAACUACCCUCUAAACAAAAACAGAAAGGCAAUAGAUGAGAGGGAAAUAAACCUUACAUUUAUUAAGAUAGACUUUUUCUGUGCAAUAUAAAUCAAUGUCAAUGAUCUGUUGUUUAAUUCUGGACUAGGAUGUCAUAGCUGAUUUAGUCUGAUCUUUUCUCUUGGGCUGGCAAUGGAGGAGAAUCGAUUGAGUCUGUGUGAUCAAUUUUCUGCUUGUGGACCAAUUUGCACAUUUCGCUUUUCCUUGAGGGCAGAUGUUGUUUAGACUAAAUAAUUCAGAUAAAUUUUACUUGGGCUUUCAGAAGCCCACAGAUAUAAGCUUUUCUGCGGCAAUCAGCCUCAG